AUGGUGGACAGUGGUUUUUACGCAAAUAAAAUAAUAUUAGCUCCUAUGGUUCGAGCAGUUUUCAGAGUUUUGGCUUUGAAAUAUGGUGCAGACUUAGUUUAUACAGAGGAAAUCAUCGAUCAGAAACUUUUAGGUUCAAAACGAUUGAUAAAUGAUCUUCUUGGGACGAUAGAUUAUACUUACGAGAAUGAUGUGGUGUUGAGGGGUACGAGUGACGAACAAAGAGCUAUAAAUGUUAUUAAAAAAAUUGGAAAAGAUGUGGCGGCUAUUGAUAUCAAUAUGGGAUGUCCAAAACCAUUUUCUCUAGCGGGUGGUAUGGGUGCUGCUUUGCUACGAAAUGUUGAAAAGACAAGAGAGAUCGUAAAAGCGUGUGUCCUUACAUCAACGAUUCCAAUUUCAUGUAAAAUACGCGUUUUAGACAAGCGCGAAGAUACACUGGAGUUUGUGAAAAUGCUGGAGAGGUCUGGUGUUUCUGCGAUUGGUAUUCAUGGGCGACGUAAAAAUGAAAGACAAGGUGAUGCAAACCGUCUUGAUGAAAUUCAUGAAAUCGCUCGAUCUAUUUCUAUACCUAUUAUAGCAAAAAUUGAUAUUAAUUGUACUGUACCGAAUUGUAGCGGAUUUUCGAAUUCAGUUAAUAGUAACGCCGAUAUCGUGAAGAUUUGGAAAGAAAGUGGAGCAAGUAGUGUGAUGCUAGCGAGAAAGGCUCUUAGUAAUCCUAGCAUAUUUCGUUCGGAUGGUGUUUUGUCAAUGGAAGAGGAAAUUUGUGAUUUCAUAAAAAUGGCUUGCAAAUACGACGAGAACUUUACUGCUACAAAAUAUGUAAUACAAAGGAUUCUUGGGUCAAGACAGGAAACUGAUCAGCGGGGAAGAGAAACUGUAUUAGCUGCUAAUGUUUUGGAAAUAUGCAAGGCAUGGUCCCUCGUUCACGUGUAUGAAUCUUUAAAUGGAUCUCGAUGGCGGGCAUUGCACAGACCAAAACUUGAAUUUGAUAGUGAAACAGGGAUAAAUUUUAUUGAUAUCACUUUUCCUCCUAAGCGAUUAAGAGAUAGAAAUGGGGCAGUCACUCCGAAAUGCGUGCUUAACAGUUUUUGCGAUGAAAUGAGAAUCAAACGACCAAUCUACCAAUGUAAAUCUCGUGAAGUCGAUAAGAAACAUGAAGCAAUUAUUGAAGUUGGAGGGAAGAAAUUUGCUUCACGCAUUGGACAACCGAAUAAAAAAGUAGCUGAACAAGUGGCAGCAUUAGCCGCGUUGUUUGGUCUUGGUGAGCGUGAAAGGCUGCCAGGUAGUUGGGAAGAAUCGUAA